ACUCAGAGUCUUGCUCUUGUUACCCAGGCUGGAGUGCAAUGGCGCGAUCUUGGCUCACUGCAACUUCCGCCUCCGGGUUCAGCCAAUUCUCCUGCCUCAGCCUCCUGAGUAGCUGGGACUACAGACACGCGCCACCAUGCCCGGCUAAUUUUUUGUAUUUUUAGUAGAGACGGGGUUUCACCAUGUUGACCAGGAUGGUCUCGAUCUCUUGACCUCGUGAUCCACCCGCCUCGCCCUCCCAAAGUGCUGGGAUUACAGGCAUGAGCCACCGCGCCCGGCCUUUGCAACUGAUUUUUGAUGAGUUGAUUUGUACCCUGCAGAACUGCUGAAUUUAUCUAUCAGCCCUAACUGUGGGUGUGUUCUUACAUUUUCUGCAUAUAAGGGCGUGUCAUGUGCAAGUAAAGAUGGCUUUGUUUCUUCUUUUACAAUUUGAAUGCCUUUUCUUGUUUUUCCUGCCUAAUUGCUCUGGCUAAGACUUCCAGUAAAAUGUUGAUUAAAGUGGCAAAGUGGGUACACUUGUCUCGUUCCGGCUCUGAAGGGAGAAAGGCUGCAGUCUUGUCAUUCUGAUACCAGCUUCGGAUUUCUCAUACGUGCUCUUCAUCGUGCUGAGGAAGUUCUUUUUCUAGUUUAGUGAGUUAGUUUUUCGUCAUUAACAGAUAGUGUGUUUCAUGAGUUCCUUUUUUGGUAUCAGCUGAAUUGAUCACGUUUGUCUUUUUCUCUUUAUUCUUUUAAUGUGAUGUUUUGCACAAAUGUUUGCACACGGAAUGACUGUGGCAUUCCUGGGUUAAAUCCCACCUGCUCACGAUGCAUAGUCCCUUUGCAUGCUACUGGGUUCAAUCGCUGGUGUUGUGUUAGAGUUCGGCGUGUAUGUUCCUAAGGGAUGUGUUCUGUAGUUUUCUUUUCCUGUGAUGUCUUUGCCAGGCUUUGUCAUGAUGACCUCAUAGAAAGAGUUGGAAGUUUCCUCCUCUUCUAUUUUUGGAGGAGUGAGAAGGACUGAUGUUGAUUCUUCUUUCAAUACUUGGUAGGAUUCCCAGAAAAGCCGUCUGAUCGUGGGCUUUUCUUUUCUGGAAAGUUUUGAACCCGGAUUCAGCCUCAUUGCUUGCUUUAGAUCUGUUCAGAUUUUCCACUGUCUCUGUGAGUCAGUUCCCUGCAUAAGCCUUUCAGGGAAAGCCCUGUCAGGUCAGAACUAACAAUUACGAUUCCCUGGGUGUAAGAUCCACUCUGCUCUUUCCUGAAAUGUCCACGUGGGAAACUCGCACUGCCCGAUUCGAGACGGCUGCUGUGCUGUGUCGCGGGCAGCUCUACAUCAGGCUAAAAUCCUGCAGUGUUCUCCUGACCUGUUUCAGUGGCCCUGUGACUGUGUUUCGGCAUAUGCUGCUAAGGUUGAUUCUGAGAGUUUAGUCAAGUUUUUCAGCAUUUAUUAAGGGGACCAUCCCAGAGGUCCCUGCUCACCACUUUUGCUGAUGUCACGCCUAUUAAUAACUUUUAAUUACACAGACACUGUUUUAUGGAAACAACGGUUAUUUAUAUAUUUAUUUAUUCUGAGACGGAGUCUUGCUCUGUCACCCAGGCUGGAGUGCAGUGGUGUAAUCUCAGCUCCCUGCAACCUCUGCCUCCUGGGUUCAAGUCAUUCCCCUACCUCAGCCUUUCAAGUAGGUGGGAGAACAGGUGCGUGCCACCACACCCGGCUAAUUUUUUGUAUUUUAAUAGAGACAGGUUUUCACCAUGUUGGCCAGCAUGGUCUCUAUCUCCUGACGUUGUGAUUCUCCUGCCUCGGCCUCCCAAAGUGCUGGGAUUACAGGCGUGAGCCACCACGUGCGGCAAAACAACAGUUCUUUUACCGUGGAGUUUAGAGUCUCAUCGUCUUCCUCUCCCACGUGGCCCUCUGUGAGAAGCACCCUCUCACGUCCCAUUCAUCCCAGGCUUCUGUGUGGAUCACACCAGCCAUGUCAUUCUCACAUGACAUGUUUACCAGUUUUUUGUUUCCUUUCUGACAGAAUUGGGGAGUCUUUACAGGGCAUGGUCUCCCAGACUUGACUCUUAUAAAGAAUGUUUCUUUGUCUAUGUGUGUUUCCAAGUGCAGGUGAGGCAGGGCGUGUCCUUCACGUUUCUCUCUCUCUUACCCUAUCUGUCUGACUUCCUGGAAUGUCUGUGCUCAGGCCCUGCUCUCCUGUCCCGCCAUCGGAGACCUCACUGUCCGGCCCUGCCUGCCUCGGACCGUUGUCUGCGGCCAGGCAGUGCUGUAUAAGGACCCUCAGCCCUUGCAUAUACCGGUGUUACCUGUGUCUGCAGCAGGCAGAGGGGGCACUGGAGGCUCCGUGUGCUGCUGCCCAUCUGUGCAGGCUGCUGUGGUUAGUCCCGGGUGAUUUAGUGCUGGAGAAAACAGCCAGGCCAGCCACUGAAAAACAGAUGUGCUUGUUAAAUGUGUGCCAGGUGAAUCAGAGUUUUCGGAACAGGAAGGGACCUUUGAGAUGAGUUGCUCAGUGUCUUCGUUUUACCAAAUGAGGGAUGGAAUUCCCAAAAGUCCAGUAAGCAGCAGCUCUCUCCCUCCUGGAGGAGCGUCCUCCCUGCAGCCACACGCACCUGCCGGGGUCUCCAUCCAUCCAGUCUUUCCCUUGAGUUUUCACUGGACCUGUUCCGGUAGCUGAGUGUCGAUUCCUGCGUGGUGCAGUGGAAAGGGAGCUGAGAAGAGGCCUUCUUCUCUAAUGCACUUUCCUGCACACAUCCCCGGUCACUGAACCCUGCCCCACCGACUCCUCUAGACAGCAGCCACUGGGAUGAAGGAGAGGAUCUCCUCCGGGGCAGGCACUCACUUGGAGAGCACCUGAGCAUUUUGUCCCUGGCACUUGGGGCUUGAAGCCAGUGAGGAAAGGAGUGUGAAAAUGAGAAGGGAACAGACCAGUGUCACGUGUGGCCAGGUUGGUGAGCUGGAGGCAGGAGAGCUGUGAUGAAGUGGGGGGCUGCGGCCUGGCUCUGACACUUACUGCGUGACCGUGGGCAGACCCUUACAUGCCCUCCUCCUUGGUUUCCCCAUCUGUGCAAUGGGGGUGGUGAUGAUAAGAGUCAGGGGUCCUGAGAAGAGCGUCUGAAGCACCGGUCGGUCCGCUGGUGCUCUCGAGUGUCAGCUGUCAUGACAUGUAAGCAUUGUCAGGAGCUGCGACUCCCUGCUUGAGUCAGGAACUCUGCUGUUCACGUACACAAGGGCCAGUCGUGCGUGAGUGUUCUUUUCACCUGUAAUGCUGGUCCCUCUGUUGGACAUACAGAAAUAUUGUGCAUGGCUGUAUCUAUGAUGUUUUUGUAAAAAGAAAGAAUCUUAAAACUUUUAUUUAAAAAAAAAGUUUAGAAAGAUAACAGGCUGGAAAACUUUGGCAACAGUAUUUGGCACGCUGGAAACUCACCCAAUUUCCAGCAGUACAGGUGCUCCGUAAGCCAGAGGGUGACAUAAAGAGCCCUAAAAGGGACUUCAGAAGGCACUGGCAUUGUCGCACCUUUUUAAAUGUCCCUUCACCGUGUAAGUGGGUUCCUGACUGCCUCACUUCAUGCUGGGAGGCACAGUGGCUCACAGUUUGGUCAGAAUACCUGGUUGCAAGGCCAGUUGUAUGGGUCACUUUCUCAGCCCCAUGCCCCUUCACUGAAGAAACAAAGGUGUUAAUAGCAGUAUUAGCCCUCCUGCCAUCGUUCCGACACCUGACAUUGGUUCUAUGCAAGCAGAUUGCAUCGCACAGUCCUUGGCACGUGGGAAACAUACACAGUUACCCUUAGUUAAAGCAGAAGUGGCGGAAAACAAAUGUCUUGAACACCAGACUGAGGAAGGAAGUGCUUCUUAUUCGGCCGGGAGCUGUGGGAGGCUAAAGCCUUGCACACCAAGCUCCCUGAGAAGCAGCUUCUUUCCCCUUCUAUAGGCUUUCAACGCUUAAGGGGAAACAAGUGAAACUGUGUCAUUGUCCAUUGGCUGGACGUCUGACCUCACAAUGUUUUGGCCUCACUGAUUUGCUAGUUCAUAUGCAGCGUGCAUGGGAAUAGGCAGGGGAGGGGCUUACAGAGACAAGGGCAGUAAAUUACUAGUUGGCAGAGGUGUUUCCAAGAGGGGCCUGGGCCAUGCAGAUGUGGGAACGGGACCCCGUGCCGGUCUCUGGCCGGUAAGGAGCUCUUUCAUUGGCAGCUCUUUCAAGGCUUGUAGAUAGCAGAGACACUGGGAACUGAAAAGGGAGUCAUCUUCCCCAUCCUGGGGCCGCUUGAUGGCCUGGUCAGUGGCAUCAGCAAGUCGCCUGACCACAGAUUCACGCUCUUUGGUAUUUUAUUUCAUUUUUUUCACCCUCCUUUGCAUCCGGAAGGGAGGGAGGAGGAGGUGGAGAUCAGUAAGUGGAAGGAGGCGAAGGGGUCUCCCCUCUCAUAGGGGCUGCAAAUAUUUGCUCCCUGCGGCCCACAGACCUGUAUUAAGCUGACUGCUUCCACGAGGCCCAUCCUGGGUUCUGUGCCAAGGACCCAGGUCCCUGCCUUUCCCAUUUUAGAGUGAAGACCGCAGCAUCAGGCGUUCAGAGGCUGCAGGGGUGAUCACUGUUCCUGCAUCACUGCUUUGGACACCAGGGCCCAGAGAGCCUGAGUGCAUGGCCCACGCGUUUAGGGUGACGAGGGUUUCAGGCUCCGCAGCUUUUUUUUUUUUUGAGACGGAGUUUUGCUCUUGUUACCCAGGCUGGAGUGCAAUGGCGCGAUCUCGGCUCAACGCAACCUCCACCUCCCGGGUUCAGGCAAUUCUCCUGCCUCAGCCUCCUGAGUAGCUGGGAUUACAUGCAUGCACCACCAUGCCCAGCUAACCUUUUGUAUUUUUAGUAGAGAUGGGGUUUCACCAUGUUGGCCAGGAUGGUCUCGAUCUCCUGACCUCGUGAUCCACCCGCCUCACCCUCCCAAAGUGCUGGGAUUACAGGCGUGAGCCUCUGUGCCUGGCCCCUGCAGCUUUUUUUAUUGCACUGGCUGCCUUCUUAAAAAAUUGUCUGCCCCAUAUUUGCAGCGUGCUUAGUCUAAAGACCAGAGUCUCCCAGUCUCAGCCCCAGAGAGGAGAUGAUCUUUUUUUAAUGUGUUUGGAGUGUGGCCACACAGAGGGGAUUGACCUUCCUGUAUUCUAGAAAAGCUUCUUGCCCUGAGGAAAGCAGAGAGGAGGUGCAGAUUCCUGGGACUCGGGGAACGUGAGCAGAGGGGAGCAGUUCUGCAGGGAGCAGGGAGAGCCUUCCCUCGGCGGAAUUGGGCCUGAGAGCAUUUACGUCUCUUUGUGUUUAUGCUACACUCGAAUGAUUAUUUUCUGGUCACAAAAAGAUACUUAUUGUUGAAAUUUAAAAAUACAGAAAGGCACAAAGAAGAAAAAAAUCCUAGUUAUUACCAUUUACAUUUUAGUAUAUAGUUUUCCAAAUGUGUACCUUAUGACAACACGCAUACACAUGUUACACUGAAAAUAGCAUUUUUAGCCUGCUUUAUACACAAGACACAUCGUAAUUAUCUGUGUCGACACCAUAGUUUACUUUCCUUGCAGCUGUGCCUCCACGCUCUGCCUCAGCGUAUAACCUUAAUGCGCUCUCCCUUCUGAGAGGCAGGCAUCGCUGCAAAGGAGCAGGACCAGACUGGCACCGCACCGGUGUCUCCCAGUGUCAGCUUUUUAACAAAUGGCAGUUGUGCAGUAACAGAUUCCACAGGGACUUUGGAUGUCGACUGUCUUGUCACCGUCAUGUCAGUAGCAAAUGGCUCAGGCUCCUGUCUGGCUGGCUCUUGGCAGUUCUGUUAAAUGAAGGCAUUUAUGUGGUUGUUUUGGCAAAAGUGCAUGGAUUACAGAACUUCCUGGUAGUAUAAGAACUGGAGCCGGGCGCGGUGGCUCACACCUGUAAUCCCAGCACUUUGGGAGGCCGAGGCGGGCGGAUCACAAGGUCUCGAGAUCGAGACCAUCCUGGUCAACAUGGUGAAACCCCGUCUCUACUAAAAAUACAAAAAAUUAGCUGGGCAUGGUGGUGCGUGCCUGUAAUCCCAGCUAAUCAGGAGGCUGAGGCAGGAGAAUUGCCUGAACCCAGGAGGCGGAGGUUGCGGUGAGCCAAGAUCGUGCCAUUGCACUCCAGCCUGGUUAACAAGAGCGAAACUCCAUCUCAAAAAAAAAAAAAAAAAAAAAAAAGAACUGGUAAGCACAUAUGCAGACACACACAUUCUUCUGUGACAAUAAAACGGAGUUCUCAAAAUCAACACACACCGCAUAUUCUUUCUUGCAACAGGUGUGGGAAACACAAGCUUUCUCACCCCAUGGACUUCCCCUGGAUGAGUCUCUGUCUCCGUGCAGAUGCUGGUGAAUGUGCUGGAAGGUGUGGUAUCACACUGACCUCCUUCAUCCCAGCAUCGCAUGUGGUUUUCUCUCAUGAUUUAAUUAUUUCUAAAACUGCCCCGCAGUUCUCAUCACCGAGUGUGUACUCGUCACUUUCUAACAGAGGACGAUGCCACAGCAUGGAGAGGAGACACAUAUCGCCUGCUUUCCAUCCUUUCACUAAACUUAGGUUUUUCUCUCAGGAUGUUGUACUCCGAGCAGCAGGAGGCUGGGAAUUUAGCCUCCUCCCCGAGGAGCGCAGUGGCAGAGACCCGGUCUGGGGAGCAGGUGCCUUCCUCCUGGCUCUGCCUCUUCUGACUUCCUCUUCCACACCAACCCCAGUUUUCAGGCACAGAUGCCUGAUCCCUUAUCUGCAUGCAGAGACCGAGCUUCUCCUGGCUGCAGGAUUUCCCCCAGGACUCCCUUCCCUUCCUGGACAAAUCUCCCAUUUCCAGCAGUUCAGCCCAACGUGGAUCACCGCAUCUUAUCAACAGCCACCAUAUGGUCAGCCUGGCAGGUUGCAGACCUUGCAUUCUGAAACACUCCAGUCCAUCAAGUGCAGUUCCCAGCAAAAUACAGCCAGUCGGCUCGUGCGAACUCAUGACACAGUGUUCUUUCACGAUUCUCAGUGGGCACCGUCACACAGAGCAUUCUGGUGUCUACGUGUCUUCUCCUCAUGUUUGUCAUGAAGUUUAGCAAAUAUUUAUUGAGCCCAACUCUGUAGGGCUCCAGGCUUAGUGUUGCUGAGGAUUCUGAGGUUCAUCAGGGGAAGCCUCUGCCCUUCAGGAACAUCUAGUGCAGGAAGCAGGAAUACCAAAUCGACAUAUUUUUUGCUCAGACCUGGACAGAUAGUCGCCUUCGAUUCAACAGCACAAUGAAAAUUCUAACUCUGAACAGCAACAUGGUGGGGCUGAUCUGGCUCCCAGACACCAUCUUCCGCAAUUCUAAGACCGCAGAGGCCCACUGGAUCACCACACCCAACCAGCUCCUCCGGAUCUGGAACGACGGGAAAAUCCUUUACACUUUGAGGCUCACCAUCAACGCCGAGUGCCAGCUGCAGCUGCACAACUUCCCCAUGGACGAGCAUUCCUGCCCGCUGAUUUUCUCCAGCUAUGGCUAUCCCAAAGAAGAAAUGAUUUACAGAUGGAGGAAAAAUUCAGUGGAGGCAGCUGACCAGAAAUCAUGGCGGCUGUAUCAGUUUGACUUCAUGGGCCUCCGAAACACCACAGAAAUCGUGACAACGUCUGCAGGUGAUUAUGUUGUCAUGACUAUAUAUUUUGAAUUGAGUAGAAGAAUGGGAUACUUCACUAUUCAGACCUAUAUUCCCUGUAUACUGACUGUGGUUUUAUCCUGGGUGUCGUUUUGGAUCAAAAAAGAUGCUACACCAGCCAGGACAGCAUUAGGCAUCACCACGGUGCUGACCAUGACCACCCUGAGCACCAUCGCCAGGAAUUCCUUGCCGCGUGUGUCCUACGUGACCGCCAUGGACCUCUUUGUGACCGUGUGCUUCCUGUUUGUCUUCGCCGCGCUGAUGGAGUAUGCCACCCUCAACUACUAUUCCAGCUGCAGGAAACCAGCCGCCACCAAGAAGGCAGCAUCGCAUCCAGAUUCCUCAAGAUGGAUUCCUGAGCGAAUAAGCCUCCAAGCCUCCUCCGUACGUAUAGCCUUGCAGAACUAUUCCCUCCUGGACAUGAGGCCGCCACCACCUGCGAUGAUCACUUUGAACAAUCCCGUCUACUGGCAGGAGCUUGAGGACACCUGUGUCUAUGAGUGUCUGGAUGGCAAAGACUGCCAGAGCUUCUUCUGCUGCUAUGAAGAAUGCAAAUCAGGGUCCUGGAGAAAAGGUCGUAUUCACAUAGACAUCUUAGAGCUGGACUCCUACUCCCGGGUCUUCUUCCCCACGUCCUUCCUGCUCUUUAACCUGGUCUACUGGGUGGGGUACCUGUAUCUCUAAGGGUUGUCGCAGUGAAGAGUGACGAGCGUUUGGUUCACACCUGACCUUCCGUUGCUUCUCCGUUGGGAGUGGCAAGGAGGGACACUGCUCAGUGCAUCUUGUUAUAAAUGACCUUUGAGCGACACAGGAAGUACUCAGCAAAGGUUUCUACUACGUAUCUCACACAUACACACGCGCUCGUGCUGAUUGAGUUUUAAAGUAAUGUUCUUGCUAAUCCCUACUGAACUGUAGCUUGGUGUUGUUUCUGAGUGGUGUUUUGGAUAUUGGAAGCAGCUGAUGAUUACUCUUGCAAAGAAAUCUGUAAAACGUGCAGGCGAAUGUCUGAGAUGCUCUCUCAGGCCCUUGGUCCUCCUGCAAAUUUCCUUCGCAGCCCUGGGUGUAGUGCCCACGUGUACUGAACCACCCCAGGCCGAGCCCCACUCCUGCUGGCUCAGCCAGGGCUCUCUGAGCUCCAGUGUGAGCAGCGGUGGGUUUCAGCCCCGGUCUCCUCUCUCUGUGCCCUCUCUGGCUCUGGCACCGUCGUCGUUAGCUGGCACCGGUUACCUAAUAGCAUCGCUCUAGGCCUGGGAAGAGUACUCUGGCAUUGCCCACGGUUUCCAUUGGAGGAGAAAAUAAGAUUUUCAAAAUGCUCGUGUUGUUGGGUCAAAGAUGAUUAUUUCUGAUCAUCAGAAGGUUAUUACUUUAUUUUAACUUGUGAGGGGCAACAAUAUUCGAACUUUGGGUUCUUGGACUAGUUCAACAACAUUUUACCAUAAGAGCUGUGCUUACUAGACCGAGAGUGUGUGCUCAGCCCCAGAGUGUGUGUCUAGCUUAUGUCAUAUUAUUAUGGGUUCAGUAAUUGUCUUCAUUUUGCAAAGAAAGGUAUACAGUGCUCACAGCCUGUUAUCUUGAAACAAACACCAGAGUGUGAAAGACAUGUAGAUAAAAUUUUAUUUUAUUUAUUUAUUUUGAGAUGGAGUCUCACUCUAUUGCCUAGCCAGGCUGGAGUACAGUGGCACCAUCUCGGCUCACUGCAACCUCCGCCUCCCAGGUCCAAGCGAUUCUCCUGCCUCAGCCUCCCCAGUACAGGUACGCACUACCACACCCGGCUCAUUUUUGUAUUUUUUUUUUUAGUAGAGGCAGGGUUUUGCCAUGUUGGCCUGGCUGGUCUUGAACCCCUGACCUUGGGUGAUCUGCCCGCCUCAGCCUUCCAAAGUGCUAGGAUUAUAGGCGUGACCUAUCACGCCCGACCAAGAUUUUAAAAAUUUCAUAGUGAAUAUUAAUUUUCAACUCAAACCAACUUUAGAUGCAAAAAAUGGGCAAUGGUGAUCAUCAAGUACAUAUUUUGAUGAACAAGAUUAUUUUGUACUUUGAAAUAUGGAUACAUAGCAAAAUCCCAAAGAAAAAAAAAUCCUCCCAAAUCAAUACUCUUUUGAUAUUUUUAUAACACAAAACCAACUUGCUUCUUGCUGUUAGUUUGUUGUUACAGCUGGAUGCCAGUGUGAACUACAGUAGACUUUCCAGAACUUCUCUUCAUCAGUAGGGAAAACACAAGCCCUACCAGUUAGUCAAUAAUGCUUUGGCAUUAUUAAAAUUUGGAACCAGAAUCUCUGUGCUUCUCAUCUUUCUCACACAGAAAACUCAAUUCAUUUCACCUAGAAAACAUGAUUUUAAAAACUGUCUAUUGAGCAUACCAUAAUUACUCAGAUAAGUAAAGUAUUUUGCAGAGAAAGUAUAGAAAAGUGUCGGUUACACACAAUUUCCUACAUGUAUACCAGACACAGAAGAGGAUGGGAGUGGAAUAGGCCAGAAAAAUUGAAACUAGCUUUACCUGCUUUAUUUUUUUGUGGGGGGAAGUCUUGCUCUGUCACCAGGCUGGAGUGCAGUGGCACAAUCUCGGCUCACUGCAACCUCCGCCUCCUGGGUUCAAGUGAUUCUUCCACCUCAGCCUCCCGAGUAGCUGUGACCACAGGCGCGUGCCACCACGCCCGGCUAAUUUUUUUCUAUUUUUAGUAGAGACGGGGUUUUACCAUGUUGGCCAGGAUGGUUUUGAUCUCUUGACCUUGUGAUCUGCCCACCUCGGCCUCCCAAAGUGCUGGGAUUACAGGCAUGAGCCACCGCGCCCGGCCUGCCUGCUUAUUCUUAUUAAGAUUGUUGCAUAUUAAAUGAAUGCAAAGAUACAGAUAUAUGAGGCCCCAGUUUUCAAGGAUGGAGUCUGCACAGCGUGAGACAUUCAAACUCAUGGUUUUUCUGUCAACUCUCUGCCUUUUGGUUUGGUAGUUGUUACAAAAGCCACAAGCCAAUUGGCUUCAAUUUAGUAAAUUCAGUUUUGAAAAUAUUAUUUGUGAAGAAACAGGUUGAAAAUACUGUCUUAAAUGAAGUGUCUCCUCUAUUGGAGAGGUCCACACUCUGGUCCUCUAGUUCUGUCUCUCAUGUGUCAGCAACCUCAGCCGUGGCAGAGAGAUUCUGCAGGGAUCCUGAGCAGAGGAGUCCAGGUCACACCACAGCAAUGAGCACCAAGGGAAGCAGGUCCAAGGACAGUUUUCAAACACAAUGUCCAACCUUUUGAUGGGUAACUUUAACAAGCAACCUGCUACAUUUUAAAAGAAGUUCUAGAGAGAACUGAAUUUUCUAGCAAAAUUCUAAUUGGGAGGAGAAUAACCUAAAAUAACUUUUUUAUAACAUGGAUUUGUUCAAUUUUACCUUAAAAGAAUUUUCCUGAUGCCUCAUGUUUGUCUCAAAACCACUCAAUAUUUGGAUAUUUGUAGCAAACCCUCUUGAAAUUUUACAGGUAGGGUAAAUACACCAAUAGCCUCCGUUUUCUGAAUCCAGCCAUUCUCUUCCCAACCUCAGCAGUCCUCCUGGGGAAAACAGAGGCAUUCAAUGCCCCUUUUCCAGGAAGGAAGACCUUCAUCUAAGGAAAGUCCAGUGGAUUUCACUGAGCAGCAUAGCGUAGAUUCCUGCAUAUAUAGCAGGCUACCCAGUAGGGGUCUGAAUAAAAAGAGCUGAAGCACCCCUAAGAGCAGGUCCAUGCCGGGUUCUCUGCAGGUUUGCACAGCUCAACUUCUCCAUAACAAUUUCAACUCCUGAGAUGAGCCUUUUCAGUCCACAAUACGGGAGAGGUGAGUGUGCCUCGCUGAGCUGCAGAGCUCAGGGGCUUCUUCAGAUGUGCGUGUUUACUGUCUAGAGGAAGCAGAGGAGCAGUGUGGGGAGAGUUGGAGGGAAGUGACUUUGUUUCACUGAAGACUGUCCUUUGCCAGGAUGCCUUAUCAGGAGGGACGUGUGUGGGCAUGGGGCACAGGGCUGCUCGACACAGCUAAGCCCCAGCGUGCUGUGCACAUGGAAUUGGGAACUAUCUGGGGUGGAAGGUGUCUGAGUGGUCUGCAUUCCGAAGGUGCUACUCUGUUCCUCACUUUCAGAAAUACUUGAAGUUGAGGAGAUGACAGUUUUGUAUUUUGACAUGGAAUCCAAAUUUCUGAUCACUGUGGAUCCCACUUUAAACUGUGACUAUCUCUUUUAAGCUGCACACUGGGUGAGGGGGAAAGAGAAGAAAAAGCAUUUCACAUUAAUGGAAUUGGAGAAAAUGUCACUUCAGAGCCUAGAAAAAUUUCAGCUUCUGCAAAGUCCCAACGCCACCUACCAGAACAGAGACUCCCUACUUACCAGACAGAGAAGGACAGUGUUAGUAUAAUUUACUCUGGACCCAGCUGGUAUUACCCCCAGUUUACCCAAAAUAUGCCUUAAAAUGAAACAAAGCUCAAAUAACACGCAACUUGUAGGAUUUCCCAUUUCCUGCAGUCAGCUCUAUUCCAUGCCCAGCUUUAUUUAUCUUUACCAAUGGAUGGAAAUAGGAUUUCAUUUCUUCAUAUGCCAAACAGUCUUCCCUUACCUUUACAUCAAAUCAAUUAAGUACAAAGAUUUUGCAGGUUCUUCAACUGAGGAAAUGCUUGUCCUCAAUAGCAUAGGGGAAGUUGGGGUCAAUCUAAACAUCAUCCACACAGUCCUUCUGGGGAUGUGUGUCUCUGCAGAACCUUCACACCGAAUCAUUUCAGCUGGUGAGUGCUUGCUGCAGUCAGAGUGAGUUUGCAGGCACGUUACUUCGCUGCUGUGCAAACCAGCCACACUCUGGAAGCCUCAGGAGAGGGGCCAGUUAGUUACCCGUUCUGCAUUGACUCCAGUCCCCACGACCUGGAAGCAGCAGGCCGCUCUGUCUAAAGGGCUAGAACACAAAACCCCUUCUUCCUUGACCGUUUUUAUCUCAGCUGCCGAAAUGGGAAUUUUCUGUGCUUUCCUUCGAGACUGGAAGAGUUAGACCUAGUCUCCAGCCACUCCUCUUAUCACCAUAUCGGUUCAGUGCUCUCAAGGCAAAAGCGCUUUGAAUCCGCUCCAUGAUCUUGCGACUCUUUUCGAGCGACUUUAGACUGUCGUGUAAGAAACUUCAUCUGCGAUUUCUGUAUUAAAAAAGCAGUGAAGGACUUGAGAUACAUAUGAUCUGACGUAAAUAUGCAUUUGUACUGUCCACCUUAGAGUUCAGAGCACUGUCAUUUCACAAAUAUUCAGAGAGGUUCUGGAAAUGAGGGGAAAAAACAGACAAUGACUACAUUUGUUAAAUUUACAAAGUUCUGCUGAGCCCCCUUCAAAACUCCCAGAAUCAAGAGAGUAUGUAAUCUGUACCUAUUGUUUUCCCAGAUUUGCCUGGAGGAAACAUUCAGGUUCAGAGAGUUUAGCAGUGCCUCUGUGUUUGUGUUCUCUCUAUAAUCACAUCAAAGAACCAAAAAAUAACACUUCAGGAUAAAUGACAGCCCCAUCGCCGAUCCCUCAUUGGCUUAUGUUUUAUUAUAAGAAUCCAUCUCUAUUGUUAUAGAGAGAAAACAUGUAUGUCUUGAGAUGAUCGGAUAAGAGCGCAGACAUUCAGCAUUUCUGGCAGAAUAAAAACUUAGCUUUCUUUCCCUUAAUGUCUAAUAGUUUUGAAGACUGCAGAUUAGGGCAUUUCCAUUCCUCCUUUUGGAAUUCCUACUGAUUACAAGCUAGCAACUUCAGGAUAUCAGCUUGAUCUAGUUGUCAUAAGGCCAAAAGGGAGACAUAUGUUUCUUUGUUUUAUUUUAUUUUUUAUUUUUUUGAGGCAGAGUUUUACUCUUGUUGCCCAGGCUGGAGUGCAAUGGCACCUCCACCUCCUGGGUUUAAGUGAUUCUCCUGCCUCAGCCUCCAAGGUAGCUGCGAUUACAGGUGUGCACCACCAUCCCUGGCUAAUUUUUAUUAUUGCACUUUUGGUUCUGGGGUACAUGUGCAGACCAUGCAGAAUUGUUGCAUAGGUACACACAUGGCAAUGUGGUUUGUCCAUCCCCGGCCAUCACCUACGUCUGCCAUUUCUCCCCAUGUUAUUCUUCCCUGACCUCCCCAACUGUCCCUCCCCUGGACCCCCACAACACACCCCAGUGUGUGAUGCUCCCCUCCCUGUGUCCAUGUGUUCUCAUUGUUCAACACCCACCUAUGAGAACAUGUGGUGUUUGAUUUUCUGUUGUGUCAGUUUGCUGAGUAUGAUGGUUUCCAGGUUCAUCUGUGUCCCUACAAGGGACAUGAACUCAUCAUUUUUUAUGGCUUCACGGUAUUCCAUGGUGUAUAUGUGCCACGUUUUACUUGUCCAGUCUAUGGUCGAUACACAUUUGGGUUGGUUCCAGGUCUUUGCUAUUGUAAACAGUGCUGCAGUGAACAUACAUGUGCAUGUGUCUUUAUGAUAGAAUGAUUUAUAAUCCUUUGGAUAUAUACCCAGUAAUGGGAUUUGUAUUUCUGGGUCAAAUGGAAUUUCUAUUUCUAGGUCAAAUGGAUUUCUAUUUGACCUAGAAAGGGAUUUCUAUUCUGGGUCAAAUGGAAUUUCUAUGUCUAGGUCCUUGAGGAAAUGUUCACACUGUCUUCCACAAUUGUACUAAUUUACACUCCCACCAACAGUGUAAAAGUGUUCCUAUUUCUCCACAUCCUCUCCAGCAUCUGUUGUCUCCAGAUUUUUUAAUGAUUGCCAUUCUACCUUGUGUGAAGUGGUAUCUCAAUGUGCUUUUGAUUCGCAUUUCUCUAAUGAACAGUGAUGAUGAGCAUUUUUUCAUGUUUGUUGGUCUCAUAUAUGUCUUCUUUUGGAAAUUGUUCAUAUCCUUUGCCCACUUUUGGAUGGGUUUGUUUUUUUCUUGUACAUCUGUUUUAGUUAUUUGUAGAUUCUGGAUAUUAGCACUUUGUCAGAUGGGUGGAUUGCAAAGAUGUUUUCCCAUUCCGUUGGUGGCUGGUUCACUCUAAUGAUUGUUUCUUUUGCUAUACAGAAGCUCUGGAGUUUAAUUAGAUCCCAUUUGUCUAUUUUGGCUUUUGUUGUCAUUCCUUUUGGUGUUUUAGUCAUGAAGUCCUUGCCUAUGCCUGUGUCCUGAAUGGUUUUGCCUAGAUUUCCUUCUAGGGUUUUUAUCGUGCCAGGUCUUAUGUUUAAGUCUUUAAUCCAUCUGGAGUUAAUUUUAGUGUCAGGUGUCAGGAAGGGGUCCAGUUUCUGCUUUCUGCACAUGGCUAGCCAGUUUUCCCAACACCGUUUAUUAAACAGGGAGUCCUUUCCCCAUUGCUGGUUUUUGUCAUGUCUGUCAAAGGUCAGAUGGUUGUAGAUGUGUGGUGCUGCCUCCGAGGCCUCUGUUCUGUACCAUUGGUCUACAUCUGUUGUGGUGCCAGUACCAUGCUGUUUUCAUUACUACAGCCUUGUAGUAUACUAGUAUAGUUUGAAGUCAGGUAGUGUCAUGCCUCCAGCUUUGUGGGUUUUUUUUUUUUUUUUUUUUGCUUAGAAUGGGCUCAGCUAUGCAGGCUCUCUUUUGAUUCCAUAUGAAGUUUAAGGUGGUUUUUUCCAGUUCUGUGAAGAGGGUCAUAGGUAGUUUAAUUGGGUAGCAUUGAAUCUAUAAAUUACUUUGGGCAGUAUGGCCAUUUUCACAAUAUUGAUUCUUCCUAACCAUGAGCAUGGAAUGUUUCUGCAUCUGUCUGUGUCCUUUCUCAUUUCCUUGAGCAGUGGUUUGUAGUUCUCCUUGAAGAGGUCCUUUACAUCCUUUGUUAGUUGUAUUCCUAGGUAUUUUAUUCUCUUUGUAGCAAUUGUGAAUGGCAGUUCGUUCUUGAUUUGGCUUUCUUUAAGUCUGUUAUUGGUGUAUAGGAAUGCUUGUGAUUUCUGCACAUUGAUUUUGUAUCCUGAGACUUUGCUGAAAUUGCUUAUCAGUUUCAGGAGUUUUUGGGCUAAGAUGAUGGGGUCUUCUAAAUAUACAAUCAUGUCGUCUGCAAAUAGACACAAUUUGACUUCCUCCUUUCCUAAUUGAAUACCCUUUAUUUAUUUUUUUUCUUGCCUAAUUGUUCUGGCUAGAACUUCCAGUACUGUAUUGACUAGGAGUGGUGAGAGAGGGCAUCCUUGUCUAGUGCCAGAUUUCAAAGAGAAUGCCUCCAGUUUUUGCCCGUUCAGUAUGAUAUUGGCUGUUGGUUUGUCGUAAACAGCUUUAUUAUUUUCAGAGAUGUUCCUCUGAUACCGAGUUUAUUGAGAGUUUUUAACAUAAAGUGCUGCUGAAUGUUGUCUAAAGCCUUCUCUGCAUCAAUUGAGUAAUCAUGUGGUUUUUGUCUUUGGUUCUGUUUAUGUGGUGAAUUACGUUUAUAGACUUGUGUAUGUUAAACCUGCCUUGCUUCCCCAGGAUGAAUCCUACUUGAUCGCGAUGGAUAAGCUUUUUGAUGUGCUGUUGCAAUCAGUUUGCCAGUAUUUUAUUGAAGAUUUUUGCAUCUAUGUUCAUCAUGUAUAUUGGCCUGAAGUUUUCUUUUCUUGUUGAGUCCUGCUGGGUUUUGGUACCAGGAUGAUUUUGGUCUCACAAAAUGAUUUGGAAAGGAUUCCCUCUUUUUGGAUUAUUUGGAAUAGUUUCAGAAGGAAUGGUACCAGCUCCUCUUUGUGUGUUUGGUAGAAUUUGGCUAUGAACCUAUCUGGACCUGGGCUUUUUUUGGUUAGUAGGCUCUUAAUUGCUGCCUCAACUUCAUCCCUUGUUAUUGGUCUAUUCAAGGUUUCAACUUCCUGGUUUAGGCUUGGGAGGGUGCAAGUGUCUAGGAAUUUAAACAUUUCUUCCAGGUUUACUGAUUCAUGUGCAUUGAGUUGUUUGUAGUAAUCUCUGAUUGUAAUUUGUAUUUCUGUGGAGUCAGUGGUGGGAUUACAGGCAUGCACCACCAUUCCCUUUAUCAUUUUUUAUUGCAUCUAUUUGAUUGUUCUCUUUUCUGCUUUAUUAAUCUGGCUAGUGGUCUAUUUUGUUGAUCUUCUCAAAAAACCAGCUCCUGGAUUUAUUGAUUUUUUUUUGAAGGAUUUUUUGUGUCUCUAUCUCUUUCAGUUCUGCUCUGAUCUUAGUUAUUUCUUUUCUUAUGCUAGUUUUUGAGUUCUUUUUUAUCUUGCUCCUCUAGCUUUUUCAAUUUUGAUGACAGGGUGUUGAUUUUAGAUCUUUCCUUGCUUCUCAUGUGGGCAUUUAUUGCUAUAAAUUUUUCUCUAGACACUGCUUUAAAUGUGUCCCAGAGAUUCUGGUACGUUGUGUGUGUGUUCUCGUUGGUUUCAAAGAACAUCUUUAUUUCUGCCUUCAUUUCAUUGUUUUCCAGUCAACAUUCAGGAGCCAGUUGUUCAGUUUCCAUGUAGUUGUGCGGUUUUGAGUUAGUUCCUGAAUUCUGAGUUCUAAUUUGAUUGCACUGUGGUAUGAGAGACUGUCUGCUAUAAUUUUCAUUCUUUUGCAUUUGCUGAGGAGUGAUUUACUUCCAAUUAUGUGGUCAGUUUUAGACUAGGUGCCAUGCGCUGCUGAGAAUAAUGUAUAUUCUGUGGAUUUGGGGUGGGGAGUUCUGUAUAUGUGUAUUAGGUCCACUUGUUCCAGAUCUGAGUGCAAGUCCUGGAUAUCCUUGUUAAUUUUCUGUCUUGUUGAUCUAAUAUUGACAGUGGAGUGUUAAAAGUCUCUCACUAUUAUUGUGUGGGAGUCUAAGUCUCUUUGUAGGUUGUUAACAACUUGCUUUAUGUACCUGGGUGCUCCUGAAUUGGGUGCGUAUAUAUUUAGGAUCAUUAGCUCUUCUCGAUGCAUUUGAUACUUUUACCAUUAUGCAAUGUCCUUCUUUGUCUCUUUUGAUCUUUGUUGGUUUGAAGUCUAUUUUAUCAGAGACUAGGACUGCAACUCCUGCUUUUUCUUGCUCUCCAUUUGCUUGAUAAAUAUUCCUCCAUCCCUUUAUUUUGAGCCUAUGUGUGUCCUUUGGCCAUCUUGGAUCUCCCCCUAUCUUUUUAUUAUUAUUUUUUUUGAGACAAAGUUUUAUUCUUGUUGCCCAGGCUGGAGUGGAAUGGCACCUCCACCUCCGGGGUUCAAGUGAUUCUCCUGCCUCAGCAUCCCAAGUAGCCGGGAUUACAGGUGUGCACCACCAUCUCUGGCUAAUUUUUUGUAUUUUUAGUAGAGAUGGGGUUUCACCGAGUUGGCCAGGCUGGUCUCGAACUCCUGACCUUCAGGUAGUCCACCCGCAUAGGCCUCCUAAACUACUGAGAUUACAGGCAUGAGCCACCACGUCCAGCCAAUAUUUACCUUUUUAAUGUAAUCUAACUAAUGCUUUGGGUUUUAAUGUUGUCAGUAAAACCAUUUAUACCUUUUAUUGCUCUGCUUAAUUAUAAAAGCCAAAUUUUAGCCCAACUUAAAUGUUACAGUCCUGAAAAACUAGUUGAACUGUCAGUCACUGAUAAGUUUUCCAUGUUUUAAGUUAACCAAGUGGGCUUUUUAGAUUAUACAGGAGCACAAGCUAGAAAAUAAUUAGGCAGACAAAACAUAUGUUCACACACACACCCCACUUCCAAAACAAACAUUAUUUGAAUGUAGCAUUCAGGGUAUUGAGGCGAACACAAAUUGCUUUGCUUGAACGGUUCAGAUAAUCACCUACUUGGAGCACUUCUCUUUUCACGUUUGUAAACACACACAGGGUUUUCCAGCCCAGUGAGCAGGCUGUGCAACGUGAGGAGCAUGAUGGUUCCUGCAGGGAAGCCAGAGCCUUGAACAGGUGGGAAGGAAUAAUGAACUCUCCCAGACUGAGCAGGUAGCUGCGACGUUUUCUCCUUUCUUUUCUGGUUUUUCAGGGUUCCUUCUUUGAUUUUCCUGAGAAAGGAACAUUUACACUUCCCGUGAGGGCUGGGACCCAGAUUUCUCGCAGUCGCCUCACUUACUGAAGUUCAAUCCCGGUGAAUAAUGAGUAUGUGCCCAACACAUUUCUUCAGUAUGUUUCUUAGAGUCUAAGAAUACAUGAGCGAGCCCACAGCGCAAUUAGUGCAAUCCCCAACGUGUCAAUCUUCUCAAAAUGACAACAUUGCCACUAACCACUUCUUUAAAAAGAAUUCAAAUUUCUGUUUUUUGCCAAACAUUUUUCCCAUACCCAGCAACGUGUAAAGUGGACUCCCAAACCUCCUUCCUUGAAGGAACCUGUGGUCCCUGGAGCUAAGCUGUCACUCUAGGGACACGGUGAUCAUCAGGACUGAUGCCAGGAAGGGGAAGAUCAUUACAGCAAGGCAGUGGGAAGGUGCCAGCAUCCGCUUUCCACGUGAGAUGGGCUGAGUUUUCACCCAGGAAGUCUGAAGUCUUGGGAAGGGCAGGUGGAGUUGCUCCUGGCAAGGGUGUGACUGUGCACAGGUUGGCAUGAUUUUCCUUUUGAGUUGACUGGAGUUUUACAACUUGAUUCAUUAGCACAGGUGUGUGGGAAUAUGUGUCUGUGCCCACCCACGGCACUUUCUUGGAACUCAGAGCUUCUCUAGUCUGAGGAGAUCUAUUCGAAAGGACAGUGCUCGACUUUGAAUUUAUGAAAGAUUAUUGGAGACAUCUUGAGUAGAAGACCCAACCCACUGUCAGCUUCUAAUUUUCAUGAGCAAAUGAUGACUGCUUUGAUUUGAUUAGGCUUUCUUAUAACAGGUUUUUAUAAUUGAUUUUAUGUUUGUAACAGGAAGGAUUUUUUUAAUUAAUUAAUUUAUAUUAUAUUGCACUUUAGGUUCUGGGGUACAUGUGAAGAACAUGCAGGAUUGUUGCAUAGAUACAUACAUGGUAAUGUGGUUUGCUGCCUCCAUCCCCAUCCCUGUAUCUGGCAUUUAUCCCCAUGUUAUCCCUCCGCAACCCCCUAGCCCCCCCAGUCUCUCCCCCAGUCCCCUGCAACAGACCCCAGUGUGUGAUGCUCCCCUCCCUGUGUCCAUGUGUUCUCAUUGUUCAACACUUGCCUAUGAGUAAGAACAUGAGACGUUUGAUUUUCUGUUCUUGUGUCAGUUUGCUGAGAAUGAUGUUCUCCAGGUUCAUCCAUGUCCCUACAAAGGACACGAACUCAUCGUUUUUUAUGGCUGCAUAGUAUUCCGUGGUGUAUAUGUGCCACAUUUUCCUUGUCCAGUCUAUGGUCGACGGGCAUUUGGGUUGGUUCCAGGUCUUUGCUAUUGUAAACAGUGCUGCAAUGAAUAUACAUGUGCAUGUGUCUUUUAUAUUCUUAUAAAAGAAUGAUUUAUAAUCCUCUGGGUAUGUACCAGUAAUGGGAUUGCUGGAUCAAAUGGAAUUUUCUAUUUCUAGGUCCUUGAGGAAGUGCCCACACUGUCUGUCUUCCACAAUGAUUGAACUAAUUUACACUCCCACCAGCAGUGUAAAAGUGUUCCUAUUUCUCCACAUCCUCUCCAGCAUCUGUUGUCUCCAGAUUUUUUAAUGAUCGCCAUUCUACCUUGUGUGAAGUGGUAUCUCAAUGUGCUUUUGAUUUGCAUUUCUCUAAUGACCAGUGAUGAUGAGCAUUUUUUCAUAUGUUUGUUGGACUCAUGUGUGUCUUCUUUUGAAUAGUGUCUGUUCAUAUCCUUUGACCACUUUUGGAUGGGUUUGUUUUUUUCUUGUACAUCUGUUUUAGUUAUUUGUAGAUUCCGGAUAUUAGCACUUUGUCAGAUGGGUGGAUUGCAAAAAUGUUUUCCCAUUCCGUUGGUUGCUGGUUCACUCUAAUGAUUGUUUCUUUUGCUGUGCAGAAGCUCUGGAGUUUAAUUAGAUCCCAUUUGUCUAUCUUGGCUUUUGUUGUCAAUGCUUUUGGUGUUUUAGUCAUGAAGUCCUUGCCUAUGCCUGUGUCCUGAAUGGUUUUGCCUAGAUUUUCUUCUAGGGUUUUUAUGGUGCCAGGCCUUAUGUUUAAGUCUUUAAUCCAUCUGGAGUUAAUUUUAGUGUCAGGUGUCAGGAAGGGGUCCAGUUUCUGCUUUCUGCACAUGGCUAGCCGGUUUUCCCAACACCGUUUAUUAAACAGGGAGUCCUUUCCCCAUUGCUGGUUUUUGUCAUGUCUGUCAAAGGUCAGAUGGUUGUAGAUGUGUGGUGGUGCCUCCGAGGCCUCUGUUCUGUUCCAUUGGUCUACAUCUGUUGUGGUACCAGUACCAUGCUGUUUUCAUUACUAUAGCCUUGUAGUAUACUAGUAUAGUUUGAAGUCAGGUAGUGUCAUGCCUCCAGCUUUGUGGGGUUUUUUGUUUGUUUGUUUUGCUUAGAAUGGGCUCAGCUAUGCAGGCUCUCUUUUGAUUCCAUAUGAAGUUUAAGGUGGUUUUUUCCAGUUCUGUGAAGAGGGUCAUAGGUAGUUUAAUCGGGUAGCAUUGAAUCUGUAAAUUACUUUGGGCAGUAUGGCCAUUUUCACAAUAUUGAUUCUUCCUAACCAUGAGCAUGGAAUGUUUCUCCAUCUGUUUGUGUCCUCUCUGAUUUCGUUGAGCAGUGGUUUGUAGUUUUCCUUGAAGAGGUCCUUUACAUCCUUUGUUAGUUGUAUUCCUAGGUAUUUUAUUCUCUUCAUAGCAGUUCAUUUCAUUCUUGAUUUGGCUCUCUUUAAGUCUUUUAUUGGUGUAUAGGAAUGCUCGUGAUUUCUGCACAUUGAUUUUGUAUCCUGAGACUUUGCUGAAGUCGCUUAUCACUUUCAGGAGAUUUUGGGCUGAGACGACAGGAUAUUCUAAAUAAACCAUAUUGUCUGCAAAGAGAGACAAUUUGACUUCCUCCUUUCCUAUUUGAAUACCCUUUAUCUUUUCCUUGCCUGAUUGUUCUGGCUAGAACUUCCACUACUAUAUUGAAUAGGAGUGGUGAGAGAGGGCAUCCUUGUCUAGUGCCAGAUUUGUUUUUGCCCAUUCAGUAUAAUACUGGCUGUUGGUUUGUCAUAAAUAGCUUUUAUUAUUUUGAUAUGAUCCAUCGAUACCGAGUUUAUUGAGAGUUUUUAGCAUAAAGGGCUGUUGAAUUCUGUCAAAGGCCUUCUCUGCGUCAAUUGAGAUAAAUCAUGCGGUUUUUGUGUUUGGUUCUGUUUAUGUGGUGAAUUACAUUUACAGACUUGUGUAUGUUCAACCAGCCUUGCAUCCCUGGGAUGAAGCCUACUUGAUCAUGAUAGCUAAGCUUUUUGAUGUGCUGUUGCAAUCAGUUUCCCAGUAUUUUACUGAAGAUUUUUGCGUCUAUGUUCAUCAUGGAUCAAUAUCCUGAUGUUUUCUUUUCUUGCCAAGUCUCUGCCAGGUUUUGGUAUCAGGAUGAUGUUGGUCUCAUAAAAUGAUUUGGGUAGGAUUCCCUUUUUAAAUUGUUUGGAAUAGUUUCAGAAGGAGUGGUACCAGCUCCUCUUUGUGUGUCUGGUAGAAUUCAGCUGUGAACCCAUCUGGACCUGGGCUUUUUUUGGUUGGCAGGCUAUUAAUUGCUGCCUCAACUUCAGCCCUUGUUACUGGUCUAUUCAGGGUUUUGGCUUCUUCCUGGUUUAGGCUUGGGAAGGUGCAAGUGUCCAAGAGUUUAUCCAUUUCUUCCAGGUUUACUGUUUUAUGUAAAGUUGUUUGUAGUAAUCUCUGAUGGUAAUUUGUAUUUCUGUGGAAUCGGUGGUGAUAUCCCUUGUUAUUGCCUCUAUUUGAUUCUUCUCGCUUUUCUUUUUUGUUAAUCUGGCUAGUGGUCUAUUUGUUGAUCUUUUAAAAAAAAAAAACAGCUCCUGGAUUUAUUAAUUUUUGAAGGUUUUUUUGUGCCUCUAUCUCCUUCAAUUCUGCUCUGAUCUUAGUUAUUUGUUGUUUUCUGCUAGCUUUUGAAUUUUUUUGAUCUUGCUCCUCUAGAUCCUUCAAUUUUGAUGAUAGGGUGUUGAUUUUAGAUCUUUCCUUGCUUCUCAUAUGGGCAUUUAUUGCUAUAAAUUGUCCUCUAGACACUGCCUUAAGUGUGUCCCAGAGAUUCUGGUAUGUUGUGUCUUCAUUCUCAUUGGUUUCUAAGAACACCUUUAUUUCUGCCUUCAUUUCAUUGUUUAUCCAACAUUCAAGAGCCAGUUGUUCAGUUUCCAUGAAGUUGUACGGUUCUGGGUUAGUUUUUAAUCCUGAGUUCUAAUUUUAUUGCACUGUGAUCUGAGAGACUGUUUGUUAUGAUUUACUUCCAAUUAUGUGGUCAGUUUUAGACUAGGUGCCAUGCGGUGCUGAGAAUAAUGUAUAUUCUGUGGAUUUGGGGUGGGGAGUUCUGUAAAUGUCUAUCAGGUUUGCUUGGUCCAGAUCUGAGUUCACAUCCUUGUUAAUUUUCUGUCUCGUUGAUCUCAUAUUGACCGUGGUUGAGGAAGUUCUCCUGGAUAAUAUCCUGAAGAGUAUUUUCCAGCUUGGAUUGAUUCUCUCCAGCACAUUCAGGUACACCUAUCAAAAGUACAUUAGGUCUUUUCACAUCAUCCCAUAUUUCUUGGAGACUUUGUUCAUUUCUUUUCACUGCUUUUUGUCUAAUCUUGCCUUCUCAUUUUAUUUCAUUCCUCCUUUUAGUGCUGGUUUCUUCCCAUCUUAGUGGAUUUAUCUCCCUGUGGUCUUUGUGGCUGGUGAUUUUCAGAUGGGGUCUCUGAGUGGAUGUCCUUUUUUUGCUGAUGAUGAAGUUAUUCCUUUGCUUUUUAGGUUUCCUUCUUACAGGCCCUUUGCUGUGGGACUGCUGGAGGUCUGCUCCAGGCCUUGCUUGGGAUCACCUGCAGUGACUGCAGAACAGUAGGGGUUGCUGCCAGUGUCUUCUUCCGGUAUCUCUAUCCCAAAGGAUACCCAUCAUAUGUCAGCCUGGGCGCUCCUUUGUGAGGGAUCAGGGAGCUGCUUGAGGAGACAGUGUGUCCUCAUAGGGGAGCUGAAGUGCUGAGCUGUGACCUCCGUUGUUCUGUUCAGAGCUGCUGGGCAGGUACCUUUAAGUUUGCUGCAGCAGAACUCAUAACUGCCUUUUUUUCCCAGGUGCUCUGUCCCAGGAAGGUAGGGAUUUAUCUCUAAGUUUCUGAGAUGCCCUGCCCAGCGAGGAGGUAGCCUAGUCACAGUCUGCCAGCAGAGGCGUUGUCGGUAAGCUGCCAUGGGCUCUGCCCAGCUGCUGUGUGAACUUCCUUGCAGUUCUGUUUAUAGGGGUAUAGUUAGAACUGCCUCGGUAGUGGUAGAUGACCUUCCCGGGCCCAGCAGUGCUUUCUGUGAAACUCAGUACACAGCGUUUCAGAUUGCUGGUUUGUGUGGGUGGGACCCACCAAGCCAGAUCACCUGGCUCCCUGUUUCAGCCCCCUUUUUUUCAGUUAAAUGGGCAACUUUGUCUCCCAGCCAUCAGUUGAAAUGGCUGCCCAGAUUUGUGUGAGUUUUUGUGCGGAGAUCUGCUGUGCUGGCUGAAAUAGCCAUGCUGGAGACUCGUGGUGCUUUUCUGCCCGGGAAUCUCCUGGUCUAUGGGUGGUAAAAGUUCAUUUGGAGAUGCGGUGAUCACCUACCCUGUGCAUUCUCGCUGGGAACUGCACUCCAGAGCUGUUACUAUUUGGAGAUCAGGCAGGAUUUUCAUUAUCAAUUUUGUGAAUGAGUGAAGGCCCCCACUGCACAGAGCAGCAAUUCAGCCACUCUGAUGGAGAUCAGGGCACCCACUCGAUUAGCCUUGGCAGACCCAGGCCACCCUCAUCCAGCGUGCUGCGUCCACUGGUCCAUGUACCUCCAGGUUCAUCUUGGGAGCUACAAAGAGGAAAGAAAGACAAAACUUUGCAUUCUUUUUUUUUAUAGACGGAGUUUCGCUCUUGUUACCUGGGCUGGAGUGCAAUGGCGCGAUCUUGGCUCACCUCUGCCUCCUGAGUAGCUGGGUUUACAGGCACGCACCACCAUGCCCAGCUAAUUUUUUGUAUUUUUAGUAGAGACGGGGUUUCACCAUGUUGACCAGGAUGGUCUCGAUCUCUUGACCUCGUGAUCCACCCACCUCGGCCUCCCGAAGUGCUGGGAUUACAGGCUUGAGCCACCACGCCCGGCCAAAACUUUGCAUUCUUAAGCAAUUAAAGAUUUCUUCCAAUGUAAUUAAAAAACAAGUAAUGUGGGAGAAGAUGCACAUAACUUGCUCCCUCAAGUUCUAAAUUGUCACCCAAUAUGAAACAUUUUAGUGAAAGUAAACGAUGCUACAUCAUCACUCUUGUCCCCUUCCACGUUCCUGCUAGUACUCAGCUAUUGGUUCAACACAAAGGCUUAGAGCCUUUUCUAAACUAUAGCAAAUCCUAGUCCAAAAUUUUGCUUGCCUAAAACAUGUCCAGAACUGCUGUUUUCCCCAGCAGUCCUGCCUGCCCUGCCUCAAUCAGAAUUCAAAAUGACUAUUUAGCAGAACAUUCCACCCAAUUGUUGUUUGUUAAUUGCUUUCUCUCUUUUUUUUCUCAUUUUUACCUUAGUGGUUUAUUCCUUUUCGUAAAGAUAACGUGAAUUGGCUAAGAACUAUCUUUUUUCACCAAAAUCCAUGCAUCUUUGAAAGCUGCAAAUGUUGUGAGCUCAUUCACUGUGCUGCUUAUAUAAUUUGGGUCUAGGCUUUGGUUCCCCCUAACUUAUCCUGGCAUUUUUACUUUGAAUAGAAAUAGGCACAGACAAGAUAUGUUCAUGAAAUUUAUAGUACUUAUUAUUAUAUUAUCUCUGUUUAGAAUAACUCUUUUAUUAAAACAUUCUAAAGGACACUGUCCAUCAUUCUGGACAUUUGAAAUGGCUCAUGUUGUCAUAGUGAACAAAGUCUACAUGCUAAUAAUGCGUUUGUACAACUAGUUGGUGGGUUUUCCUUUAUGUGCGGCUCCUGUACUGAGCAAAAGGCUGUUGUUUAGGCAUGAAUUUUCUGUGAAAGGUUUAGGAGAGUAAUUAUUUUCAGGGAUCAGACCUGCGUGGUGUUAGGAGCAGAGGCCAUCUUGGGCUUACAUGCAGUUGUCUGUGGAUUUGUGUCUGUGUGUGCACUGGUAACACUGAAGCAACUUCUCACGUGUAUCACCACCCAUCACCCCCAAAUUUAGUUGAAACAAGUAGAAAGGAGCGCAGUUUUCUAGCAAUAGCAUAUUAGCUUACUAAGCCUCCGGUUAGGAUAAAAAAGAAGCGACAGAGAGAAAGAAAGUGGCCAUCUGUAUAUUUCCUGACACAGUGGGAUCAUGUUUUUUCCUUAAAGAAAAAAAAAAUGCAGCUUCACUACCUGGUCCGGAGUCUCUCUGGCGUCCGCAGGAGCCUUCCUCCUUCCCAGGGCCCCUGAGCUCGCUGUUGUGACUCGGGGCCGCCCUGGGCGACUCCGUGGUCAUUCGUGCAUUCUGGUCAAGUUGAUCCUAGAAGCCAAAAGUAGUUUUCAAGACUUCGAUGGCAACAGCCACCCCACCCUUGUCUAGGAAGUCGCGUUGACGGGUCACGGGCAGGGGCAGGAGGAAUGGAGAGCGGCGUGCUGCGCUCUGCUCCCCGGAGUCCUUCCCACGCGCAAAGCCGCGGUCUAGGUAAGGCCGGGACAUCCCAGAAUCCGACCGCACUUUGGAAUCAUCGCAGAGGUGGGUGUGGACGCGCGGCCUAGGGAGGCUCCGCUCUCACCACUUGGCCGGUGUCCUGGUCCCGCGACGGGUCCCCCGGUGUGUCCCGCUCCCUGCGCGGCUCGUGGCGUCCCAGUGAAAUGAGGGUGCACCUGCGCCCGACGUGCCUUGGCGACACGGGCGGCCCGUGCCCCGCUUCGUGCGUCUGCCCCCGCCGCGCCCCCAGUAUUUGUAUUCGGAUUCCCACGUUUGUAUUUCUAACACGAAUAAACGCACUUGUCACAAA